AUGGGCCCUCAAGAUUAUAACCAGACUCCGUUCAUGCCAAGGGAUACCCAUUAUCCUGCUUUGGAGAUUGAUCAGGGGCUAAUGGGUUCAAGAGCGGACGAAGGGAACUACGAAUGGCUGGAAAAUCUCUCACUUGAUCUCGAAGCAUUUGAUAGCAGUUUCUUUAGAGCAUCUAAGAUGGAUUGGUUGGGGUGCGAGACAGAUGUUUCACCACCUGUUUCUGGUGAUAUGCAGACUCUUUACAACGAUGAGUCUUUCAAUGGAGAUAGGUUGAGGAAUCAACCUAUAUCAAUCAAUCAAACCUUCACCCCAUCACCGAGGAGCGAACGACCACCACAGCUCCAUCCUGACCCCUCAGAGAAGAACGAGCAUGAAUCCUGGCCCGGUAUUCUGGAUCGUGGGGGCAACGAGUCCUGGCCUUUCGAUUAUACAUCGAACAAAGGCUUCCGGAAAAUAAAGCUACCUCCACUCCGAGAAGUACUCGAACAAACAAUAGGAAAUAUCCCGACUAUUAAAUCCGGUACAGCCAAGGAUUUUGUCAAGGUACUUUCGACUCCAUUUAUUCCAUCUUUAAACGAUAGUACGGCACUGGAGAUGGUUCCUACCAUUGCAUUUCUUGGAGAUUUAGUCAAAACUUACUUUGCAGAGUUCCACCCAGCCUUUUCAAUUAUUCAUGUACCAACUUGGCGCAUUGAAAAAUGCCCAGCUGCAUUGUUAGCCGCCAUGGCCUGUAUAGGAGCGUCUUACUCAACUACCGAGGGGACUCAGAGAGUAGCUCCAAUAUUGGCGGAAAUCACUCAACGUAGUCUUUUCUGGAUGGGUCAAUCCGACAGCAGGUCAUAUCGCAACCCAGUAUACAUUGCUGCAUCAUGCCUACAUCAAAUAUACGCCUUGGGGUCUGGAAACCGGCGCUUAUACGAGCUAGCCGAUGCCUCAAGGGGACUUCUUGCGACAGGAUUAAGAGAGCUAGGCGUGCUAUCUUCGGAUGCAGCUCAAAGUGACAGCAGUUCAUGUGACUUCCAACAUCUUAAAAAGAUGGAUCCUUUGACGCUCGAACGCGCCUGGAACCGUUGGCGCGAUACCGAGUUUGAAAGGCGUGUCGCAUGGUCAGUCUUUGAGUUCGACUGCACUAUGUCUACACUUACUAGCAAAAGAGGAGUUUUCAGCGUCUCAGAACUUCCAAUGAAAGCACCGUGCUCAGAGAAUCUAUGGGAAGCUCCUUCAGCGAAUGCAUGGGCCUCGGUAGCCUCCUUCUCCACAAGCCUUCAAAGUGAUAUUGGAUUUUAUCCAUUGCUUCAGAAUAUCAUCGCGCAGAAAGGAAUUCCAAAUACGACACCUAAUUGGGCUAAGCGAAUUUGCUCAUUGGUAAUCAGUCGUUUUCUUGGAGACCUGCGCGAGAUCGAGGAUACUUCAUCAUCGAAGGUUCUGGGCCUGUCGUCCCUGGUGGAUGUCCACAAGAAAACCAGAGAAAAUCUUCUAGCGCGUCUCUCGGCAAUGAGCAAUUCUUUGUCUCGGCCAAAUUGCGUAAAUGAAAUGGUGAAUAUGAAGUGA